UCAAGCAAAACAGAAUGUCGAGAACGACGAGAACUGUAAAAAUAUUUUGGAAAUUAUAAUAACAUGCGACUAACCUCUACAACUUGGAAAUAAUAAAUGCAAUUUAUUAAUCAAUGCCUUGCAUAUUCCGAUGUAGUAAGAAAGUACACACAUUGCACGGAAAGACGUAAAUUAGAGCAAAAUGUCGCAUCAGCUGGGUCGAGUGGUGUCGGCGAUUCUGCAGCGGUACUUUGGUGACAUAGUACAACAAGUCGGCAGCGACUUGUUUACGUAUGGCAGCAAGCCUAUCGGGAUGAUCGUGAAGACCACCGGCCUCGCCCGCUCUCUGGUAAUUGACAGUCUCCGUACCCUCCUCAAGUUUGACCUGGCUACCUUUGAACCGUCAGCCAAUGAACUGAUAGCUGAUUAUAAACUGAUUCCUGAUAAUGUGUUGCUACUCAUAAGAUACCCUAGGUAUUUACUGCAAAUGAAGAGUAAGUAUGGCAGUGAGGCAGAGCUUCUGGUUGAGGAGUUGCUGCAGCAGGCCACCUGCAGUGCCUCAGUGCUACUUGUUACUAUAGCUACAAAGUAUAAGGAUGAUAAGGAGAAAAACAUAACCAUCUUGAAGCUGAAAGAAAUGUUCAUAAGCCUGGUGACAGCCGGCUACAUCCAGCAAGCGCCGGUAGCCGAGCUGAAGGAAGGCAGCGAGGUCCCAACACUGGUGCCCGUAGCUACUAUAGUACCGGACAUCGAGAUCAGGCCGCUCAUACAGGCCAUGAGUAGCGGAGACACAAGUGAACUUAAAGACAAUAUAUACUGGAGAGUGAACUAUGACAGAUUUCAUCUGGACUUCCGAGAUGAGAUCAUGAUAAAAGCUAUCACACGACGGAUUGACGAAAAUGCGGGCGAGCUGAUGCGGUUCCUGCUGGAGCAGAUGUACCUGAAGUCCCCGGCGUGGGCGGCGGAGUCCAGCCCGCUGUGCGCGCUCGAGCUGCGCGAGCGCUGUCGGGGGCUCGCCGCGGAGAGGCCGCUGCUGCACCAGUACGUGGACCAGUAUCUCAAGGUGCUCGAGGAGAACGGCGGUGGUUUCGUCCGUCGCGUGGGUGACUCUGGCGGCGGGCAGCUGUGUGUCCGCGCCGGGCUGGCCGCGCGGGAGCUCGUGUUGGCCGCGCUCGACCACACCGUCACCGAGAGACUCGGUUCCAAGGCGGCCAGGAUAUUUAGGUUGAUCCGCGCCAGAAAGUACAUAGAAGAGGAUGACAUACAGAAGAACGCUAUGUUAGUGAACAAGGAGUGCAAACAGUUGACAUACAAACUGCUAGAAGAACACUUUAUUAGUGUGCAGCCAAUGCGUAAGGCGGCAUCGUCUGGUGGACUCGCGAAAGCAGUUUACCUAUACCACAUAAAAUUACACGACGUGUCGCAGGCGGCGCAGGAGCUGUGCUACCGGUCGCUGCACAACGUGUUGCGGCGCGCGCGCAGCACCCGCACUGCGCAUGCGCGGCUCCGGGACAAGCUGCGCCGCGUGCGCACCAUCGUGCACGGCAUGAGGCUGCGCGGCGAGCCGCAGCGGAACAUAGACGAUGUGGAAGAAACCCUGACUCCUCCAGAGCUGGCAGUCCUCCAGGAUGUGGAGAAGCAGCUAAAGCAGCUGAGCACCGCCGAGCUGGAACUGGACCGGAACCUGUUCCUCUUCAAGUGGUACUUUAUGUACCCGGAGAAAUAACAACACCCUGUAUGUAGGACUUGUACGUAUGAACUUAUGAAGAUAGCCUUAGCAACGGAAGUCGGUUUGGUAAUCGUGUUUGAAUACUUAACAUGCUAAAUUGCUAACUACAAUGUUAUAUUUGUAUCAUAGAAUAGAAACAUUUAAUUUUUUGAAAUUAGUUCACUACAUUUUGCCCGCUGCACAUCGAAAAAUAUCACUAAACAAGAAAUCUGUAUACAAACUAUGUAUGGUAAUCCAGGUUAUAAACUAUCUGUGUGCCAAGUUUCGUAUAAAUUAUUGUUAUCUUAUCAACAUCAAUUCAUCGUCAACAUCACUUGUCACACAAUAUGCUUGUGGAUAGAACCAGUAUUUAUCAACUCAUUGAAUAAGAUUUUUACUGUUAUUUUGAAAAUCUGACUGUAUUUACCGACUUCUGUUGCUGAAUGUACAAUAAGGAGUUAAAAUAACGCAGCAAUGAUCGAUAUAGCAGGAAAAUAAGUUGUUAUCGAUAUUUAAUGGCAAAACGAUGUAACAAAUUUGGAAUACGCCACAAUUUUUCUAAUAGUAAUUAAUGAAAAGUGUAUUAGAAAUAAUUUAAAAAUAAUGUUUUUUUUUAACAGAUAAUAUGUUAAUAGCCUGUUUGUUUCCGUUUGUUUUGCGAUAUUUCAAUUACCUGAAUUGAAUACCACUACAUAUAUAGAAGUGAUAAACGAAUAUAAAUUAUAAAUUAAAGUUGUAAAAGAACUAGGUUAAGGAAAACGAAUAAAAUUCUUUUAAUACGU